GCGAUAUUUAAAUUAACAGUAGUGUGGUCCUACUAAUUUUUUCGGCAGUUAAACCUAAAUUAAAAAAUCACAGGAGCCGGUGUCUAUUUUAGGUUGACCUCAGUCGAAGUACGGAAUUCGGAAGGAAAACACUGUGCUGAAAUGGAGCUGACAGGUUGGGUAAAGAACUACGAUUGGGGGCGCAAGGGCAUCCACUCGGCUGUGGCCCAAUUGGCCAUGGCCAAUGAUCCCGACUUCCGGCUAAACGAGGAGGAGACCUACGCGGAAAUGUGGAUGGGCACCCAUGUGUGCGGCGUGUCCGUGGUCAAGGAAACCGGCGAGACAUUGGAUCGCGUGCUGAAAAAAGAUCUUUCCUACCUGUUUAAGGUUUUGAGCAUCAACAAGGCACUCAGCAUCCAGGUUCAUCCAAACAAGUGCGAAGCGGAGCGGCUGCACAAGGAACGACCAGAGAUAUACAAGGAUCCUAACCACAAGCCAGAGCUGGCCAUCGCCCUCACGCCCUUUUUGGCCCUAGUGGGUUUCUUGCCGGCCGAAGACAUCAAGGACUACAUUGAUGAGUUCCAACCACUAAGUAAACUGAUUGGCGAUGAAGCUGUUAAUCAGAUCCACGAAUCACCUGAUAGUCAAAGCGUUAAGCUGUGCUACGAGAAGCUGAUGAAAACGGAUGAGUCAUUGAUAGCCAAAUGCAUCAGUGAGAUAGCUAAGGAUUAUCAAAAAGAAUUGAAGUCCAACGAUCUUCUAGAGGUUUUCACCAAGAUCAACAAAGACUUUCCCGGAGAUGUGGGCGUACUGUCGCUGUUCUUCCUCAAUCUAGUCCACUUGCAGCCUGGCCAGGCGAUCUACCUGGGAGCCAAUGAGAUCCACGCCUACUUAGACGGCGACUGCGUGGAGUGUAUGGCCUGUUCAGACAAUGUGAUACGGGCAGGGCUAACUCCCAAGUACAAGGAUGUAGACCAGUUGCUGAACUCUGUCAUUUUCGAAAGUUCUAUCAAAGAUCGCAAGGAAUUCAUUCCAUAUCGCAUAGAUGAGCAGGUCAAGGUGUAUAUUCCUCCAGUAUCCGAUUUUGCAGUGAUUAAUGUGAACAUUGAUCACAGUUUGGAAUCGUAUAAACUGGAAAUUCAAGCCUUCGGUUCCAUACUAAUAGUUCUAAAGGGAUCCCGCACCCUAAAGCUGAAAACUCAGCAGGGAGACAAGGAGAUCGUGUUGACCCGCGGCAGCAUUGUAUACAUUCCCGUUGAGGCAGCGCCGGAAAUCGAAUUCGCCAAGGCCGAAGAUUGCGACGAAGACUUCAGCGGCUACAUAGCAACCAGCAACUACUUUCGAGUGCCCUAAAAUUCUCAGUUUAUCUUAAUCUUUUGUAAAGUGCAAUAAAUUCAUAAACACGG